AUGGCGCUGCUUAUCAGAAAGCAUAACAAGAAAUAUGAAUUCUCAACCCGUUUUAAAGUGAGUUCCCGUUUCCAAAACCGACAAGCUGUUGAAACAACGAAUACUAUAUGCAUUUUGAGUCUAUUUUCGAGUAUUUUCUUGUUUAUCUACACUGUUGGUAUCUUUGUCUUGUUGGCAGUCAGACCCUCUAUCUCACCAUUCGUCUUCAAUAUCUUUGUCACCUAUGUCUAUACUAUUCCGUUUGUGGCAUUUAUGAUUCCCCGUUUGAUUCUCUUCCGCAUCAGAGCAACACGUCGUAAGCGGGUGCAUGCAUUGAACGGAUUCGCUCAAGUGAAGCAGACACAGGACGAGCAUAUUAACGAAUUGAGAGUAAUGUGGUCUUGA